AUGGCUGAAAUGGGAGAUUUUCCAUGGCUACCACCAGCAGGUGCACGGAGCCCACGCACUGAUUUCACAAACCAGCUGUCUGAGGAGCAGGGUCUCCUCACAGUGCCUCGGACAGAGCUUCCUUCUCCUCAGGACACACCCAGGAGAGGCCAUGUUUUCAGGGUACCUCGUGACACCUGUGGCCACAUUUAUGAGGAAGACGAAGCCUACUUCAUCUCAGGACCCGCCCAUGAGUGGCAGUGGCUAUGGGACACCUGGAGUCGCGUCCACUAUGAGGAUGAAGACUCCUUUUCUGGACCUGCCAAGGAGGGGCUGUUGCUACAGGACACCUGGUGCUACAUCCAGGAUUUUGUUAGCCUAUUGAAAAUCAAGAAUGCAAUAGCUGCAUGUGAAAGAUCAACAGAACAUAAAAAAUGUAACUGUGAGCAACUUAAAGUAAAAUUUCGAAAAAUGAAAAAUAAGAUUAGCAUGGUACAAAAGGAACUAUCUGAAACAGAUGAAACCAAAUCACAGUUAGAGCAUCAGAAUCUUGAAUGUAAACAAAAGCUCUGUAAUUUCAGCUGUAUCUUACAAGAAGAAGAAGAAGAAAGAAGAAAGCCUGAAGAGUUGUAUGAAAAAGAUACGGAAGAGUUAAAAAUAAUGGAAGAUCAGUAUAGGACACAAACCGAAGUGAAAAAACAACUUCAGCUGACUCUCGAAUUGUUGGAAGUGGAAUUGAAGACUGUAAGAAGUAACUCAAAUGAGAGUUCUCAUACUCAUGAAAAAGAAAGAGACCUGUGGCAGGAAAAUCACGUGAUGCGGGAUGAAAUUGCCAGACUCAGGCUGGAAACAGACACAAUAAAAUAUCAGAACCAGGAAACUGAAAAGAAAUAUUUCAAGGAUAUUGAAAUUAUAAAGGAAAACAAUGAGGACCUUGAAAAGACUCUAAAGCUGAAUGAGGAACCAUUAACGAAAACAAUAACCGAUUACAGUAAAGAGCUUCAUGCUCUGAUGGAUGGGAAUACAAUGGUCAAUUUGGAGCUAGAGAAGGAAAAACAAAGCACACAAAGACUGAAAACAGAAAUGGAAUCAUACCCUUGUAGACUGGCUGCUGCCCUAUGUGAUCACGAUCAGUGUCAGUCAGCAAAAAGAGACCGACAGCUUGCUUUCCAGAGCACAGUAAAUGAAUGCUGUCAUUUACAAGAAAAUAUUAAUUCUCACAUUCAGAUUCUUUCUCAGCAACUUUCUAAAGUUGAGAGUACAUCCAGUGGCCUGGAAACUGAGCUGCAUUAUGAAAGAGAGGCUCUCAAAGAAAAGACAUUGGCUGUAGAACACAUACAAGGAUCAGUCCUAAGCCGAACACAGUGUCGACUGAAGAACAUUGAGCACAUGUACCAAAAUGACCAACCUAUUUUUGAAAAAUACGUGAGAAAGCAGCAAUCUGUAGAGGAUGGACUAUUUCAACUACAAAGCCGAAAUCUGUUGUAUCAACAGCAGUGUAAUGAUGCUCACAAGAAAGCUGACAAUCAGGAAGAAAUAAUAAUUAAUAUCCGAGCCAAAUGUGAAGAUACUGUAGAAAAACUUCAAGCUGAGUGUAGAAAGCUAGAAGAGAACAAUAAGGAGUUGAUGAAGGAAUGCACUCUUUUAAAAGAAAGACAAUGCCAAUGUGAAAAAGAGAAAAAAGAAGGAGAAGUAGUCAUGAGGCAGCUGCAGCGAGAAGCGGGGGAUGCCCUGAACAAACAGUCACUGUCAGAGGCUAUGCUAGAGAUUUCAUCACAACGUCACGUUAAUUUAGAAGAUGAGACACGAAAUUCAAAAAAGAAAUUAGGCCAGCUGAGAAGUCAAGUAUGUAUGAAACUUAGCAUGUCAACAGUUACUCUGUAG